UCCCUUCCCUGAGCGAAAGCCUGAAAUCUCUGCCCUAUCUCCUCGAAUGACAGGGAUUUUUCUCUCUCUUUCCGUCUCUCUGGGAUGUUUAGCAUUAAUCUGCCUGUCAAGGAUAAAGGAGGGAUCAUGUUGUACCAGGACUGUAUGAAGACGCCUCUGAGCCCUACGCACCUGUUUGAGAAUGGGCGUCUCUGCUUCCCGUACGGGGCCUGCGUUGAGAUGAAAGAGUUGCACCCGGCCGAGGUGGCCCCCCUCCUCCAGCCGCCGGCAGCCCACACCGCCGACAUGCAGCCACAACAACAACAACCACACCAGCCACAGGUGGAGAAGAAGAAGCUCAUCUACUCGCUGUGCGAGGUCUGCAACAUCCAGCUCAACUCGGCCGCCCAGGCCCAGGUGCACUACAACGGCAAGUCCCACCUGAAGCGCGUCAAGCAGCUGAACAACGGCGAGAUGCCGCCGGCCAGCACCAGCACCAGCGCCCCCCAGCUCCCCUUGUCCACCCUCACCAGCAGCUGCAGCCUCAGCAGCCUGAACAGCCUCAACAGUCUCAGCAGCAUCAGUAGUAUCAGCAGUACGUCGGCCAUGACUACAGGAAGCUCCUGCCACAGCAGUCCCCUCCCUGCGCUGGUGCGUACUCCCUCCCUGAUGAUGCACCAGUCUGGAUGCACGCUGGACAUGAAGCCCUUCAUGCCCUUCCAGGUGGACACCUCCUCCCCCGUAGGCCUCUUCCCCAACUUCAACACGAUGGACCCGGUCCAGAAAGCUGUUAUCAACCACACAUUCGGAGUCUCCAUCCCGCCCAAGAAGAAGCAAGUGAUUUCAUGCAACAUCUGUCAGCUCCGCUUCAACUCCGAUAGCCAAGCCGAGGCGCACUACAAAGGCAGCAAACACGCCAAGAAGCUCAAAGCGCAGGAGUCCACCAAAAAUAAGCCGCCGAAAAGUCUCAACGCCGCCGCCGCUGGCCCGGACGGCACAAAGACAAUCACCACCACCUCCACCUCCUCCAACUGCACCACCUCCAACAACACCUCCUCCUCCACCACCACCACCUCCUUCUCCUCCUGCACCGCUGUCACUGCCAGCAACGGCUGUGACCAACCAGAAAAACAUAUGGAAUCUCCCAACGGCGGCGCGCACAUCAACAACAGCAGCACCUCCUGCGUGUCUCCCAAAGCGUUCCUGCCCCUGUCCCCCUUGGCGGCUGCGGCUGCCUCAGGCUGCCUCUCGGCGGUGGCCCUGCCCGGCUUCUGCAAGCCCUUCCCCGCCGCCGCCGCUCUGGAACCCACGUCCGCCAGCUUCCCGCUGACGUCGGACGUGCCCGGCGGCGUGCAGCACCAGGGACCGGCGGCCUUGAUGAUGAAGACGACGACGAUGGUGGGGGCCACCGCCAAGCUCACGUCCGUCGCCACGCCAGCGGCGGUGACAGCUGGAGGAUUGUCGGCCACCACAACGGCGGCGGGGGCGUUGGCGGCGUCCAAUGGCACGGUAGCUGGCGCCACAGCCACACCCACAACAGCAGGAGCAGCAGACCCCAACACCGAAUCAGAGGAGGAGAAGGCAAAGAAGCUGCUCUACUGCUCUCUGUGCAAAGUGGCUGUCAACUCGCUCUCACAGCUGGAAGCCCACAACACAGGUUCAAAGCACAAAACCAUGCUGGAGGCGAGGAGCGGAGCGGGUCCGAUCAAAGCCUAUCCGAGGCCGGGGUCCAAGCUCAAGGCACAAGCCAGCGCGAUCCUGAAGGGCUCGGGCCUUCAGAACAAGACGUUCCACUGCGAAAUCUGCGACGUGCACGUCAACUCGGAAAUCCAACUAAAGCAGCACAUCUCGAGCAGGCGGCAUAAGGACAGGGUGGCGGGGAAGCCUCUGAAGCCCAAGUACAGCCCUUACAACAAGCAGCAGCGCAGCUCCAGCGUCCUGGCGGCGAAGUUGGCUCUGCAGAAGGACCUGGUGAAGCCGACCAUCACCACGGCCGCGUUCCUGUCCCCGAACCCCUUCUCUGCCACCACGGUGCCCUCCAUCUCGCUGCACGCGCGCCCCAACGCCGCCUCCCUCUUCCAGACGGCCGGCCUGCCCCCCUCCUUCCUGCGGGCCGCCCCGGGGCCCAUUCGGGGCCCCACCACCGGCUCCAUCCUCUUCGCGCCCUAUUGAUCCGGCCCUAGACCAUACCAGACUGACACUCUCUCUCUCUCACACACACACCACACAUACACACACGGCAACACGCAUACACGUGCGCACAUGCACACGAACACACACGCACACAUGCACACAUGCAUGCACGUCGUCUAUACACACACACACAAACACACACACACACACACGCAUGCACGCACGCACACAUACACACAUGCCUUCACACACACACGCACACACAUACAUAAAUAAGCGCACAAAUUCAACACAGACAGCCACAGGGUAACACACAUAUACACACAUCACAGUCAGCCUGACCCCAUAUCAUCAAUAUGUCUGCUGAAUUGCCAGUGGCAAUAUGGAGGGCUUACAGAGAGAACUGUCCCUAUGACCUUCCCCCUCAAACAACACACACACGCACCCACACGCACAUACACACACAGCCGUACGCACACACCUUGGCACUGUGCGCUGCGCUGCGCUGCGCUGCGCUGCGCUGCGCUGCGCUGCAUAUCGGAUGUCCCCUUCACACCUCUGCCUCCGGCUCUUCGCUGACAGGACUGCGACAUCCCGAGCAGCCGUGUAUUUAUUAAAGCCGUUUACCCGUGACUGCCCACCUUACCAUAAGCUCUCCAUGGCAGAGAACAACAGUAGAAGAAAGAGAGAGAGAGAGAGAAGAGAAGAGAAAACGAGAAAAUACAAGAAAAGAUUUUAACAAAAAAGCACCAAACUGCUUUCCUGAAUGACUUGAAUUAUCAUGGUCUUCCUAUUCAAUUUAAAACGGACAAAACCCUGCUCUGGAUAUACGCGUAUUACGUGCAGACAGUGUGUUGGAACAACAAGGAAUUCCUUCUGGAACGGGGCAGGGCAGUUGCACAUCUUCAGUCCAGUGGCUUUCAUGUCGUCAGGGAGUGUCUCUCUUGCUCAGUUUUUUGGCCUACGUGCUGUCUUGUAAUCGUGCUGUCGAUCACCCCUAGUCCAUGCUUUCUCAACCAACCAACCA